ACCGAUCAGGCAUCAUUCUUACGAACUUGUCCGCCUUUUUGUACAUAUGUAGUAUAUCGCAUAGCAUUUUUGCCUCCAUUGUUUCAUCAUCCUGCGUGCAUUGGACUCUUUAGACUGCCCUUUGGCUCAUGCUUUCACGACUCCCAGCAGCCCGCAAGCUCCCAAGUUUAAGCUCCAGACGAUCAAUCGCGACAUCUAUGCGCCUGGACCAAAUCAUGGCGCACCUCAAUGGCUCUUCGAACGGCACGAACGGCGUUGAUGGAAAUUCAAGACCAGCCGGAUCAUACACUCUACAGUCUCUCCCUAAAUCCAACGUCUUUACCUCGAACCUACCGCCUGACCCCGCCUUCCCCACGCCUGCGAAAUCACACUCCGCACCGCGCGAAACACUUGGUCCUCGCCUUGUGAAGGAAGCUUUGUACACCUUCGUCCGCCCCGAACCUACACAAGAGCCAGAACUAUUGGCUGUAAGCUCCCGUGCGCUACAAGACAUUGGCCUGAAGGAGGAGGAAGCGCAAAGCGAGGAGUUUAAGGAGGUGGUCGCAGGGAACAAGAUCUUGACAUGGGAUGAGAAAACCAACGCAGAGGAAGGAGGCAUAUACCCCUGGGCGCAGUGUUAUGGCGGAUACCAGUUCGGACAAUGGGCAGGCCAGCUUGGCGAUGGACGAGCAAUCUCGCUGUUCGAAACCACGAACGAAAAGACAGGCACACGAUACGAGAUCCAGCUGAAGGGCGCAGGAAAGACACCAUACUCCCGGUUCGCAGACGGCAAGGCGGUACUACGAUCUUCGAUUCGCGAAUUCGUCGUCAGCGAGUAUCUCAAUGCUAUUGGGAUUCCGACGACCCGAGCUCUAUCCCUUACACACUGCAAGGGAAGCAAAGUCUUCAGAGAAAGAAUGGAACCAGGCGCGAUCGUGGCGCGCUUUGCGCAGUCCUGGAUCCGCUUCGGCACCUUCGAUCUCGCUCGCAUGCGUGGCGACCGCAAGCUACUCCGGGAGCUGGCAGAUUACACCGCCGAGCACGUCUACGGAGGCUGGGACAAGCUCCCCUCCAAAGUGCCCUCAGGUGACCCCAAAUCCAAACAUUCUUCCACUUUCACCGGCAUCCCGAAGGACACCGUCGAGGGCGAAGGCCUAGAACAAGAGAACCGCUACACCCGCCUCUACCGCGCUAUCCUCCGCCGCAACGCAGAGACUGUCGCAAAGUGGCAAGCUUACGGCUUCAUGAACGGCGUUCUCAACACGGAUAACACGUCCAUCCUGGGACUGUCGAUCGAUUUUGGACCCUUCGCUUUCUUGGACACGUUCGAUCCUACGUACACACCGAACCACGACGACCAUAUGCUGCGCUAUUCGUACCGGAACCAACCUACAAUCAUAUGGUGGAACCUCGUGCGGCUAGGCGAAGCACUCGGCGAGCUGAUGGGCGCGGGAUCGAACGUCGACGAUGCGGUCUUCAUCUCCGACGGCGUAAAAGAAGAGGAUGCGGACGAGCUUGUCAAGCGCGCAGAAGGCAUCAUUGAGAAUUGCGGCGAGGAAUACAAGGCCGUCUUCCUGUCACACUACAAAGAGCUCAUGACUGCCCGGCUCGGCCUGACUUCGCAGAAGGAGUCCGACUUUGAGGAGCUCUUCUCGGAGUUGCUGGACUUUUUGGAGGCGCACGAACUCGAUUUCCACCACGCUUUUAGGAAGCUGAGCUACUUCACGCUGAGCGAACUGGAGACGGAGCAAUCGAGGAAGGAUGUUGCCGGCCGCUUCUUCCGCUUUAACGAGGCACCGGCCCAGGACGCAGAGUCGCGCUCGCGCAUCGCAAGGUGGCUGGAAAAGUGGGCGGCGAGAGUUAAGGAAGACAAUCCCAAUGACGAGGAAAGGCAAAAGGCCAUGCUUGCUGUUAACCCUAAGUUUGUACCCCGUUCCUGGGUUCUCGACGAAGUAAUCGACCGUGUGGAGAAGAAGGGCGAGCGUGAUAUCCUCCCUGCUAUCAUGAAAUUAAACCUUGAUCCAUUCAAUGAGAACUGGGGCUGGAACGAGUCGGAAGAAGAGCGCUUCUGCGGCGAUGUACCGAAGUACAAGGGCAUGAUGCAGUGUAGCUGCAGCUCAUAGAGCAUCAAACCGUAUACAGCCGAACGGAUAAAACAACUAAAGAUACCAUGUCACGAAUACCAAAGCUUUGAACAUAUUCCAAUGCUGGUACACGUAUGUAUAAAUGUAGCUCAAAAGCUAAUCUACACCUCCAACAAGAUACUCUCCUACCUCCAGAUUUACCCCACGCCCAAGUGACCGCGCAUACUCCCACCCAAAAUUGACUCUCCACUUCGCGGCCGGGUCCAGCACAUCUGAAGACCCCACGC